CAUCUUCGCCCAGGGGGCUGAUGAGACUUCUCCACCAUGCGCCAUGUUCCUUUAUUUGUCCUGCUUCAUCCUCGCUCUCUACCCGUGUCUCCUCCAUCCUCCAACGGCGCCCUAAGCGAUUCUGGUUCAAGCCCAGACGCAUCCGGAGUUGCUCCGGGAACCUUGGACACUUGACACUUUUAUUUGAAUUGCGAAAAUGCCGACCUCUGGGUUCCGCCGACGUCCACCGCACACCCCCCUCGGCCGCAUGCCGCGCGCGCCGGGCGUCCUGCUGGCGACGCUGCUCGGGCAGCUCCCGCCCCGGAGCGGUGGCCUCUCGCUGCGCAACGAGACCUCGGCCGGCGACUGCCUCGACGCCGUGCCCGGGGACAGCUGCCACAGGUUCGUGACGUGGGCGCUGGGGCAGGGCCUCGAGAAGCACCCGGACUGGUUCCCGACGUUCCAGCGCUCAGACUCGGAGGAGCAGAACUUCAGGCAGAUGCAGGACAUCUUCCACGGCAAGAACAAGGCCGGGUGCCAGAAGCCCUGCUCCACCGAGCCUCGCCGGGCGCCGCCGCCGGCCCCCGAGGCCGAGGAGGAGGAGGCGCCCGGUCCCCAGGCCCCGGAGGCGCCGCGGGCCGAGGCUCCCGUGGCACGGGCGGCGCCGGGAGGGCCGGCGGGGCCCGCCCUCGCGCAGGCGCGCCCGCAGGCGCAGCCCGAGGCCCCUGCGCCGGCCGCGUCGCCCCGGGCCGGCCUGGUGGGCAGUCUGGAGGCGGAGCUCCAGGUGCUGAAGGCCAUGAAGGACUCCCCGUCGUUGGAGAGGCUGCGGGCGGAGAAGCGCCAGCUGGUCCGCAACCUGCAGGCGGCCGACACGGUGGAGGCCGAGCUCGGGGCGCGGCACCUCGAGAGGCUGCAGAAGAUCGGCAAGCUGCAGGCGGACCUCGAGGCGCUGAAGCCGCUGGACACCACCCUGGCCCUGGAGACCCUGCGCGCGGAGAAGCGCAUGCGCAUCCACAUCCUGAAGUCGGCCGACAAGGCGGACACGGAGCAGACGCAGCGGGAUGUCCAGCGCCUGCAGGACCCCGCAGAGGCCGCCAAGGAGCCGCCAGCAGCCGCGCGCGCACAGAGGCACCCGCGCGAGGGCGAGGAGGCGCCGUCCCGAGCGGAUCUGAUCUUCAAGCUGCAGGACGAGCUCCAGGCGAUGGGCCAGAUCCAGAGCUCCCCGGCGCUGGAGACGCUGCUCGCGGAGAAGCGCACGCUCAUCCACAACCUGGAGGCGGCCGGCAGGGCGGAGGCGGAGCUCCAGGCGCGGCAGCAGCAGGCCCUGCAGAAGGCCAACAGGCUGGAGGCGGACCUCAAGGCGCUGGACGCCAUGGACGGCACCCCGGCCACGGAGGCCCUGCGCUCGGAGAAGCGCUCGCUGCUCCACGACCUGCAGGCGGCCAACAGGUCGGACACAGAGCAGACGCUGCGGGAGCUCCAGCGCCUGCAGGACCCCGCGGCCGCCGCGGAGGCUGCCGCACCGGCCGCGCCCGCGGCCGCGGCCGCUCCCGAGCCCGAGCCCGAGCCCGCAGCCGCCGCUGGCCGCAAGCCGUGGUGGUCGGCGCGACGGCGCGAGGAGGAGGCGAAGCCGGAGGCCCCUGCGCCGGCUGCGCCGGCCGCCGCGGCGCCCGGCCCGGGCGGCUGCUCGGACGCUGUGCCGGGGGACCGCUGCCACCAGUUCGUGACGUGGGCCCUCGAGAAGGGCGUCGAGCAGCACCCGGACUGGUUCCCGUCGUUCCAGCGCUCGGAUUCAGACGUGCAGAAGUUCAGGCAGAUCCAGGAGGCCUUGCACAGCAAGGGCAAGGCCGGUUGCGGCAGGCCCUGCCCCGCGUGACCGCGCCAAGGCGCCGCCCUUUCGAGGCCCGUGUUUGCCGAGCAGUAGCCGAGCGGCCGCCAGGGGCCCGAGCAGUGGCCCGAAGACCAACGAUGACGUGGAAGUAGGAGGACGGAGGACCAGGACGCACGACGUGUCUCGCUUUGCUUCUGCGGGGGCUCCCCUGGGCUGCCGUUCGGCUGCGGAUCGCUUCGCCCAGCCACUUUUCCGACAAAAAGUCUUUCAGCAGCGUGGCGACGCACCCAUCACGAGCCCAGCGGUCUGAAGGCUCGGGCGGCCCGUCCGCUCUUGUCUGGCGAGGCCCUGGGACAGGCCACAGCGUUCCAGAUGCACGGCGGUGGCGUUUUAUCACAUGGCGGCGUGGCAUGGAGGUCGUUUGCUGGUUUGCCCGCUUGGCAGGGGACUCGUUUGCUGCGCCGCCGAGAGAUGUGCACUCGCUCAGGUUCUGGAGUGUGAGAGGAAGGAAAAGGAAGAGCUGAAUAUUUUGGAGGAGCGGGGCGUCCAGCGAAGCGCUCCGCGUUCCUCAUGGACAGGCGUGCACAGCUCUCCCCUUCCUCCAGGUCCUCCUGGUCCUACCGCCCAGUGCUUUCCCCGGUGCCUGCUGAGCUGUUGGCAACUCCUCCGUCGGAGGCUCUGGGUUAGGCCGCAGCGCGCAUCUUCCCGUGCGUUGGCGCUGAGCGCCAACAGUGACCUCGACGUGCCACGGCCUCUGUUUGCACCGUGCCGACUGCUGCGAA